AUGGUGGAAUUAGUUGCGGAAUGGCGGCAGAUGGCGGGAUUAGUGGCGGAAUGGCGGUACAUGGCGGAAUUAGCGGCGGUAUGGCGGGGGAAGGGAGGUGCUGUGAGGGAAGGGAGGUGCUGUGAGAAGGUGCUGUUCUGUUCCUCUCCUCGCUGCUCCGUUCCUCUCCUCGCUGCUCCGUUCCUCUCCUCGCUGCUCCGUUCCUCUCCUCGCUGCUCCGUUCCUCUCCUCGUUGCUCCGUUCCUCUCCUCACUGCUCCGUUCCUCUCCUCACUGCUCCGUUCCUCUCCUCGCUGCUCCGUUCCUCUCCUCGCUGCUCCGUUCCUCUCCUCGCUGCUCCGUUCCUCUCCUCGCUGCGCCGUUCCUCUCCUCGCUGCUCCCUUCCUCGCUCACCUCGCAGUCAGUGUCGUCCCGCAAUCUCACCCGUUGCUCUCUCACUCUCCUCACGCGAGAACGAUGCCACCGCGCUCUCUCGCUCCCUCAAUCAAUCCCGUCCCUCUCUCACACCCAUCCCUCUCUCACACCCAUCCCUCUCUCACACCUGUCCCUCUCUCACACCCAUCCCUCUCUCACACCCGUCCCUCUCUCACACCCACCCAUCCCUCUCUCACACCCACCCAUCCCUCACUCACACCUGUCCCUCUCUCACACCCUUCUCCCUCCCUCCCUAAACCAUUCUCCCUCCCUCCCUUUCCCCUUCUCCUUCCCUCCGUUUUCCCCCUUGUUCUUCCCUCCCUUUCGCCCAUGUCCCUCCCCUUCUCUUACCCCGCCUAUCUUUCCCUCCUGGGUCCUCAUACCCUAUGCCCUAAGACCCUCUGUGGGCGGCAGCAGCAGCCUUCAAGGAAGUGGUGGCAUACCACACACCUCCGACAAGAAGCAGUGGGCGCCAAUAGGGGGGAUUGCCAUAGUCAAUGCUGUAGUUGUCACAACGAUGUCCCUCGCUUGCAGUGCUGGGGAAAGCAGUGCUGGUGAGUGCAGUGCUGGUGAGUGCAGUGCUGGUGAGUGCAGUGCUGGUGAGUGCAGUGCUGGUGAGUGCAGUUCUUCUCCCCCGCCGUUCCUCCCGUCAUCAGUUUUUCCCUCUAUUCCACCCUUCCUCUUUUCAUCCCUUCUUCUGUAA